CAAGCGCUGAAACGGUAGUCGCAAGGUGGGCCGGCGUACGCCAAACCCACGUGGUUCCACUUGCUUCCCCAGGUUCCUUUCCCUUCUCCUCCCUCCUCCCAUGACCCAAACCUCCCUAUUGAUCGAAGCCAAACCUCCCAACCGACUGCGAGAGCCCUCCUCCGCCGCCGAUGUCGUCCAUGGCCACCGCCUCCACCCUCUUCUCCGCCACCAGCGCUUCACUCCACGGCUUCGCUCGGCCCGGAAGGACGAAUGCUCCGGCCCUGGCGUUCCUCCAUCUCUCUUCCAAAUUACCUUCGGGGUUCCCCAAAACCCCAUUCCGGGAUUAUAGGUGUUCUUCCCAGUUCCAGAAAAAUCCCGGCUUUGCGGCGAAACCGCUGAGGACGACGGGUGUGGCUUACGCUACCGCUGCCACGGAGAAGAGCAUCCACGAUUUCACCGUCAAGGAUAUUGAGGGGAAGGAUGUUUCUCUAAGCAAAUUCAAGGGGAAAGUACUAUUGAUUGUGAAUGUUGCUUCCAAAUGUGGGUUGACGACAUCAAAUUACACUGAACUCUCCCACAUCUAUGAGAAGUACAAAACACAAGGAUUUGAUAUUCUGGCUUUUCCCUGCAAUCAGUUUGGGGGACAAGAACCAGGAUCUAAUUCGGAAAUAAAGCAGUUUGCUUGUACGAGGUACAAAGCAGAAUUCCCUAUUUUUGAUAAGGUUGAUGUUAACGGACCAAACACUGCUCCAGUUUAUCAGUUUCUUAAGUCUAGUGCUGGAGGAUUUUUGGGUGAUCUUGUCAAGUGGAAUUUUGAGAAGUUCUUGGUAGACAAAAAUGGUAAGGUUGUGGAGAGAUACCCACCUACAACUUCGCCUUUCCAGAUUGAGAGGGAUAUCCGGAAACUCCUUGCAGCCUAAAGUACUUGGAUCCAAUACAAAUGCAAAUACAGCACUAUGCCAUGCAUGCCAGUGUUUACCUUAGACUACUUGGAAGCUUGUUAUUUUAGUAGUCCUUUCAUGCAGCAACCAGAUGGUUUUGUAGUUCGUAUUCAGUAGCCUCGCUCUAUGUUCUGAUCAUAUGUCAUUAAGUUCACAAGCAUGAAGAGAAAAGAUAUUUUAAUAGCAUUGUACUUUGGUAUCUAUUUAUUGAUUUGUUCCGAAAAUAAAGCACCAUUAUAAUAACUAUUCAUAGCCA